AUGUUGAUAGGAUUCUACAUGGCUAUGCCUGUUUACUCCAUUGAUGUUUUUCGAAAUGUCAACUUUGACAGGCAAGCAGCAGAGGCUGCUAGAGAAGUGAAGAAAACACAUGACAUCAAUUUUGCUAACAGGCCCUUUCUCCUAGAUGCUGAAAUCAUAAUGUACCAUUUUUCAGAUAUUGCUUUUGCAUCAUAUGGAGGCUAUUGGAGGCAGCUUCGAAAGGUUUGCACAUUGGAGCUGUUAAGUACGAAAUGUGUACAAUCAUUCCGAUCAGAGGAAAGCAGCUUAUCAUAUAGCAUCACUUUAAGGACGGGUUUUUCCGGAAGAUGCAAGCAACACGAAGCAUUCAUUUCAAUUCUGAGGAAACUUGUGGAAGCUGCAGCUGGUUUUAGUAUUGCUGAUCUGUUUCCUUCCAUCAAAUUGCUUCAUGUGAUCAGUGGAAUGGGAGCUAAAUUUGAGAGAGAUAGAAAUGCGCAUCCGAAGAAAAGUGAUGAUGAAAUAGAUGAUCAAGUUAGUGCUCUUUUGAAUCUUCAGGAUCAUGGAGGCCUUGAAUUUCCCUUAACAACUGACAACGUCAAAGCUGAAAUGAUGAAAAAUCCUAGAAUCCUUGAAAAAGAACAAGCCGAGGUGAGGCAAGCCUAUGAUAGAACAGGGGAUGUCAGCGAGUCAGACCUUCAUGAAUUGACGUACUUGAAGUUAGUUAUAAAGGAAACUCUAAGAUUACACCCUCCUCUACCUUUGCUACUUCCAAGAGAAACAAAUUCAUCAGUCGUUCAGUUGACUACAAAGGGGCUAACUUCGAAUUUAUUUCCUUUGGUGCUGGAAGGAGAAUGUGUCUUGGCAUCUCAUACGGUAUGGCUGUUCUCGAGACUCCCUAAUGGACUGGAAAAUGAGGAUCUAGACAUGACUGAGGCUUUUGGUGCUUCUGUUAGAAGAAAAAGUGAUAUGUACUUGAUUCCCAUUCCUUACCACCCGCUAUGUGUUCAGUAG